AUGUCUCUUCCCCGAUCUAACUAUGACCCUCGUAGGGUCUGCCUCAACCCGUUCCCCGCGCUCAACCUCGGGAAGCACAGGCGAACCAUCGGCAUAUAUCUCGCGGGCGGCCUGUUCGCGCUAGCGAACUGGACGUUCCUUGAUGCCGCAGUGCUCUCGGCGCAUGCACACCCGCCGUAUGACGACCCACAGAUACCACCGCCGGUGCACGUCACCUUCGUCGACUGGGUGCCUGGCAUCUGCUCCCUCCUCGGCAUGCUCAUCAUCAAUCUCAUCGACAAGGACCGCGUGCGUGGUGAAGGAGGGCUCGGUGAUGGCGAUGCGCACGCGGUGUGGCGCGCACGGCUGAUUUUGUUCAUCGGGUUCGCGUUCAUGGCUGGAGGUCUGGCUGGGAGCGUCACGGUUCAUAUCCUGAAAUACGUCAUGCCUGAUUAUCCGGAACAGUUCUUGUACUACGGCUACGCCAACAUCUCCCAGAAUGUCGCACUUAUGCUCUCCGCUAUCGCUCUCUGGAUUUCACAAAGCGUCAGCAGCGAGUACGAGUACAGUCUUGCUAUCUAG